GACGACGUAACAACUAUUUUUGUGGUCGGGUUCCCGGAAGAUAUGCAGGAACGAGAAUUCCAAAAUAUGUUUACCUUUUCUCCCGGGUUUGAAGCUGCCUCUUUAAAGUGGCAUUCAACCGGAAAGAAGCAAAUGAUUGGAUUUGCUAGAUUUCGUACUCGAUUUGAAGCAAUGGAGGCUGUGGAAGUGUUGACGGGCAAGAAGAUUGAUCAGGACAAGGGACAUGUAUUGAAGGCCGAGAUGGCCAAGAAAAACCUUCAUCUGAAACGGGCAUCGCUUGCACCGGGCAUGAUUGACACCUCGUCUUGGAAGAAGACAAACGAUUGCGAUCACCAGCUCCAGCACCCUCUCCCUCACCCUCACCCUCACUCACAUCCUCACCCUCAUUCGCAUUCUCACUCACUCCCUCUUCCUCUGCCACCGCUCCCUCCAUCUGCUUCGUCUUCCAUGCCAGUUGUGCCCACUGGAACAGGCAAUCCAGCCGAUCAGAAUCCACCCUGCAAUACGUUGUACGUUGGAAAUUUGCCACCCAGCACGAGCGAGGAAGAACUCCGCCAGAUGUUCAGCCAAAGUCAAGGGUACAAACGCAUGUGUUUCCGCAACAAACCCCAAGGCCCGAUGUGCUUUGUAGAGUUUGAAGAUGUUGUCUAUGCCACACAGGCCCUUGCCGACCUCCAGGGACAGUCGCUCUCCAACUCAGUCAAGGGUGGCAUCCGUCUUUCGUUC